AUGGAGAUGCUGAAGAAGCUACAUGUGAACAUCCCGUUCGUUGAGGCUUUGGCGAAGAUGCCAAAGUAUGCGAAGUUUUUGAAGGAUCUUCUUACGAAUAAGAAGAAAUUAGAGGAUCUGUCGACUGUCACCCUGAGCGAGGAGUGUUCUGCCGUCUUGCAGAACAAGCUGCCGAAGAAAGUGUCUGAUCCUGGUAGCUUUACCAUCCCAUGUCUGAUUGGGAAUCUUACUGUCAGCAAUGCGCUUGCUGACCUAGGUGCUAGCAUAAACCUCAUGCCCUAUUCCAUAUUCGCUAAGCUUGACCUAGGAGAGCCUUCCCCUACGCGCAUGAGUAUUCAGCUCGCCGAUCGAUCAGUGAAGUAUCCUAGGGGCAUCGUGGAGAACAUGUUGGUGAAAGUCGACAAGUUCGUAUUUCCCGUGGACUUUGUCAUUCUCGACAUGGAUGAGGACUCUGAGGUCCCCUUGAUCUUAGGUCGUCCAUUCCUUGCCACUGCACGAGCAGUCAUUGACGUAUAUGAUGGCAAGUUGACUCUUCGUGUCGAUAAAGAUGAGGUCACUUUUGAUAUCCAACAUUCUAUGAGGCACACCCGUCAGCAUGAUGACACUCUUUACUUUAUUGAUACUCUCAUGUCACAUGUGGGUGGCCUUCUCAGCGAGAUUUGUGGGAGAGAUGCGUCUGAUACGCAUGAUGCGAGUAUGGAUGAUCAGGGGAGUAAGGUCACUGAGUUAGAUGUUGAGCAGGACCCUCUGUUGCAGGCUACCGAGCCUUCCCCUAGAUUCGAGGUGUUUGAGGUCAUCGAGGAGGAGGAGAUCCCGAAAGAGAGACCGUCUGUUGAGGCACCCCCGCCCCUGGAGUUGAAGGAGUUGCCAUCUCAUCUGGAGUACGCAUUCUUGGGCGAGGGAUCUCAGUUACCCGUCAUCAUUUCUGCUGGACUUACGGAUGAGGAGAAGAAGAAGCUGAUGAGUGUUUUGAGAGAGCAUAGGCAGGCUAUUGCGUGGAAGCUAAUGGACAUCAAGGGUAUUAACCCUUCGUUUUGCACGCACAAGAUCUUGAUGGAAGAGGAGUUCAAGCCGGUGGUUCAGCCUCAGAGAAGGCUAAACCCUAAUAUGCAGGAUGUAGUGAAGAAAUAG